UCCACAAAAUCAUAUCAUUAUCAUAAACCAAUUGUCUUUCUCACAAUUUCCCACAUGUUUAUUUAAACAUCAAAGUGCUUGUUCAAGUCCUCUAAAACAACCCCAGAAUAAAAAGGAAUUUGAUGUAAAAGAUGUUGACUUUUGGAAAUUGGAACUACUCAAGUUUCCACAGGAGUUCUUGCUAAGCUAUGAAUCCACAAUUGAAGAAAUCAAGCUCGAAUGGCCCGUUAUCCCCUGAAGAUCAACAGAAAAUGAUCGCCGAGGUUCGUGAGAUGAUUAACAAGCACACAUCAUGUGAGAAGAUCAAAAAGCAACGCCCAGAUGAGUUUUCUCGAUAUUGUUCUGAUGCAUCGAUAUCAAGAUAUCUAAGAGCACGGAAUUGGAAUGUUAAGAAAGCUGCAAAGAUGCUUGAAGCAUCCCUGAAAUGGAGAACAGACUUUAAACCUGAAGAGAUACUCUGGGAACAAGUUGCUGCAGAGGCAGAAACUGGAAAAAUCUAUAGGUCGAGUUAUAAGGACAAGAAUGGAAGGGUUGUUCUUGUUAUGAGGCCUAGAUUUCAGAACUCGACGUCAAUAAGAGCACAAGUGAAGUAUUUGGUAUAUUGCAUGGAGAAUGCAAUAUUAAAUCUGCCUUUGGAUCAAGAACAGAUGAUUUGGUUGAUUGAUUUUGAUGGCUUCAAGUUGUCCAACAUAUCCAUCAAGUCAACAAAGGAAACCGCUUUUAUCUUACAAGAUCAGUAUCCGGAGAGGCUUGGCUUAGCAAUUAUGUACAACCCACCAAAAUUCUUUGAGCCAUUUUAUAAGAUUGUAAAGCCUUUUCUAGAGCCCAAGACUGCAAACAAAGUGAAAUUUGUAUAUGCAGACGAUCCAAACACGAAGAGCAUCAUGGACAACUUAUUUUCCAUGGAUGAACUCGAGUCUGCAUUUGGUGGAAAAGAUGAAGAAAUAUUUGACAUCAAGAAAUAUGCAGAAAGGAUGAAAGAAGAUGACGCAAAGAGGAUUGCUCUUUAUCAAGUAGAAAGUUGCAUUGAGCCUAAAGCUCAACCUAAUCCCAACGAAGGGAAUGGAAUCACUACCAACUCUCUACAGGAAGUUGGUGAGGAAGAGGUAUUGGCCGAGGGAAAGAUUAAUGGUGGAUGAUCGAUUACAAGAAAUUCUGGUAACUACAAAGCUCUGUUACCAGAAAACUUCUUGUUCAUAAUUAAAUGUAUCUGUAGAAGAUGAUGAGGUGUUUGCAUACUUGGUUGAUCAUGAUCAUAAUAUGAAGAGGCAAUACCGUUUGAGACCAAA